AUGUUCUCCAACGCGCUGAAAUCGUUCAGCUCCAACAUCUCCGCGAAUUACCAGAUCUCUCCACAUCCCACCGUCUACUCGGGCCCCUGGAAAAUCCAUGAUGCAAAGAAAAAGUCCACGGGCACCGAGGCAUCCGUGUUCAUCUUCGAUCGCAAGGUUCUGGAGCCGCGGUCCGGCGGAUUUGGGCGCUCCGGGUCGUCUUCGAAGAAGCUACAGGACGAUGUGAUUGAGCGAUUAAAACGGGAAGCCGGCAACCUGGCCCGUCUAAGACACCCGUCCAUUUUACAGGUGCUGGAACCGGUGGAAGAGACGCGCAAUGGUGGUCUGAUGUUCGCAACAGAGCAUUUGACCGCUUCUUUAUCAGGACUACUUCUGGAUAAAAAUGAGCAAGAGGGCGCGUCGGGUUCGGGUUCGCGACCCAGUCGCUACAUGGUCCAAGAGGCCGAUGGUACCAGAAGACGGCGGGACCUGGAAAUCGACGAGUUGGAAAUUCAAAAAGGAUUGCUACAGGUUGCAAAGGGUUUGGAAUUCCUCCAUGAAUCUGCGGGCUUAGUGCAUGGUAAUUUGAAUCCCGACGCCAUCUAUAUCAACUCCAAGUCCGAUUGGAAGAUCUCCGGCCUCGGUUUUGCUGGUCCUCCUGAUUCCUCGGAGACCAAGUCAACGCUCCCUCCGUUGGCUGUCUCCGAGGUCCUUUAUCAGGACCCCAGACUGCCCGCUUCCGUACAACUGAACAUGGAUUACACCUCCCCGGACUUUGCUUUGGACUCCAACGUGUCAUCUGCUGCGGAUCUCUUUUCCCUGGGUCUGAUAAUCAUUGCUCUCUAUAAUUCCCCGCAUGUCUCUCCUCUUCAAACCCAUGCCAACUUGACGACAUACAAGAAGCUAUUGAGCUCUCCAUCGACCACUCCCUCUCAGAGCAACAACUACCUCUGCUCUCAAACCAUCCCUCGUGAUGUUUUGUCUCAUGUCUUGCCCCGUUUAAUUACCCGACGACCCGCGCAGCGCAUGAAUGCUCGGGAGUUCCAGCAGUCUCAGUACUUUGAUAAUGUUUUGGUGUCCACCAUUCGAUUUCUGGAGUCUUUACCGACUAAGAAUGCGAAUGAGAAAUCUCAAUUCCUUCGCGGGCUCCAGCGUGUUCUUCCAGACUUUCCGGCAUCGGUGUUGGAAAAAAAGCUCUUGGGGGCCCUGCUGGACGAAAUGAAAGACCGUGAACUUCUCCCACUUAUUCUACAGAACGUCUUUGGAAUUCUGCAACGUAUUCCAAAUGGGCGUCGUGCCUUGCCCGAGAAGAUUAUCCCCCGCCUCAAAGAGGUAUUUGGAAUGGGACCGGGCAAACAAGGAUCUCAAGAACGGGAUUCUAAGAAAGAUGCAGGUCUCAUGGUCGUAUUGGAUAAUAUGAAGCUCAUUGCCGACAACUGUUCAGGCGUAGAGUUUAAAGAUGACAUACUCCCUUUGAUUCGCCUGGGCAUGGACUCACCCACUCAUUCCUUGGUUGAUGCAUCUCUUAAAUGCCUUCCGAUCAUGCUUCCGGUGCUUGACUUUAGCACUGUAAAAAACGAAGUAUUCCCGCCUAUUGCUGCUACGUUUAGUCGCACUAGCAGCCUUGCUAUCAAAGUUCGUGGGCUGGAGGCUUUCAGUAUCCUCUGUGGUGGCUCUCCAAACGAGUCCGGUGGACUGGACGAUGACCUCAACGGUACUGUUCAACCCAAACAACCCACCAAGUCAUCCAUUCUAGACAAGUAUACUAUUCAAGAGAAGGUUGUGCCGUCUCUCAAGGCCAUCAAAACAAAGGAGCCUUCAGUCAUGAUGGCAGCCAUGAAGGUUUUCCGACAAGUUGGAAAGGUUGCAGACACAGACUUCCUCGCCCUCGAAGUCUUGCCUGUUCUUUGGGGCUUCAGUCUCGGCCCCUUGUUGAACCUCCAGCAAUUCAAUGAGUUUAUGACUCUGAUCAAAUCUCUCUCUGCCAAAAUCGAAAAGGAGCAGACACGGAAGCUACAAGAGCUUUCCUCCGGUGGAGACUCGGGCGGAUUUCAAACUGCCGCCAACAGCUUCACGCCAUCAGCCAUCGAUCCAACUUCGCCUGAUACGGACGGUGCCAGAAACAACUUUGAGCGUCUUGUGCUUGGAAAGAAUGCUGCGUCCGCUAAUGGCAAAGAUGUUGAUCUUUGGGGUGGCAUGGAUGCCGAGCCCGUUGCACCACAAGGGCCGACACCCGCUCUUUCAUGGUCUAUGAACAAUGCCACUGGAUCCAGUCAAUUGUCAUCUGGCCAACUCGGUUUCCGAUCUAUUACACCAGAUCAAAAACUCGGCUCCUUCCCAUCUCUGGAGCCUGCACGACAAACGUCUCCUGCAGUUCCAUCAUUCCCAACUAUGCAGCCAUCUUCUCCGACCUGGGGUGCUCAGCCCCAGGGAGCAAACAGACUGAGCCCAUCUAUGGCAUCGCUGUCUGGCUUAGCUGCCAAUGGUUCCCUGUCAAGACCAACAUCAUUGUCGCAGCAGGCUUCCAACUAUUCCGCUUUCUCUAUCCCGCCUCCACCAAGUGGUAUGGGUGCGACCAAUGCCAUGAGAUCACCAUCGCUGAACAUGAACACGACACCCGCGCCAUUCGCAAGCCAACCCCAACCCCAAUCCCAGCCCCAGCCCCAGGUGCCUCAAAAACAAGGAUUAGCUAAGUAUGAGAGUUUGUUGUAA